AUGGGCAUGCACCCGACGGGCGUCGGGGUGCCCGGGCUCGGCAUGACUCCUGGGGCGCCCGGUGCCCAGCCCCAGCCCGCGGUCGCCAGCGCGCCCGCUGCCGCCGCGGCUGAUACGAGCAUGGACGAGCUGAUGGCGAAGCUGAACGCCGACCUGGCCAAGGACCUCGAGCAGCCCAAGUCGGAGCCGCAGCGCAAGGCCGGGCGCGCCACCGCCGAGGAGCUGUCCCGGCAGUUCUCGGGCCGCAUCUCCGCGGAGCCCGUGCCGGCCGGCGCGGCGGCGACGGGGCGCCCCGGCGGCGAGCGCGGCGAGGAGGCGGGCAGAGGCGGUCGUCCGGUGGACGACAUCCCGAUUGAGCUGCCCCCGGAGCCCGCCAGCAAGGGCGCCUCGUCCUCGCGCACGCCCGCGGAGAAGCCGGCCGUUCCGAGCAAGCCCAAGGGCGUCAUGCCCCGCCCCUUCUCCUCGAACCCCUUCCACCGCCGGAAGGCGUCGCCCCCGAAGAAGAAGGAGGUCGAGCCCCUGGAGCCCGUGCCGGUGCCCGUGGCCGUCGAGGCGGCGGUUUCCCGCCCGAUCCUGGGCGACUACGCGCCGGCUGCGCCGGCCGAGUUGCCGAACGGCAUGCCGCAAGUCUUGCCCGAGGCGAUGGACGUGUGGGCGCAGCAGAUGGCAGGCUCCUGGGAGCAGCAGGCGGCGCGCCAGUCCGCGGACCCCGAGGCGGACGCGAGGUUCAGGAUGAUGGCCGCCAAGUUCCGCGCAGACGUGCAGCAGUGGAAGGAGGACCUGCGUCGGGGGAGGACAGCUCGUGGCACGGCACCGACUCCAGGGAGGGAAGGGCUGCCGCCCAACCCCGACGGCCCGGUGAAGCCCGGCCCCGUCUCGCCCGGACUGGUGCAGGGCAAGGGCGCGGGUAAAGACGCCGGAGGACUGAUCGCCGCCAUGGUCGGGGAUGAAGGGUUCCCCGUGGUCAAAAGGAAAAGACAAGGGCGACAAAGGCUGCAGCAAGGGGGAGGCGUUGGCCCAGGCGAACAGCAAGGCCGCGGCGAUGGCCCCUGUCGCGGAGGAGAUGAAGGGCAAGGGCAAGGGCAAGGGCAAGGGCGGCGAAGAUUGGUUCGCCGGUCCUGCCGCCGAUGCGCCUGCAGCCGAGCCCGAAGCGUCUGCAGCAGAGGCACCCGCGGCUGA